AUGAAGAAAGGAGAGACAAUUGAUGAAAUGUUUGAAAGAUUUAAUGUUAUCAUCACUGGCUUGGAUGCUAUGGGGAUCACAUAUUUCGAAUCUGUGCUUAUGAGGAGAAUAUUGAGAUGUCUCACUAAAGAAUGGAAAACCAAGGCAAUAGUAAUAGCAGAGAGCGGUGGCAUUGAUACUAUGACUUAUGAUUAUUUGAGAGGAAAUUUACUUGCCUUUAAAAACACAUAUUUAAAAAAAGAUACAAAAAAAAAGAAAGGAAUUGCUCUCAAAUCUGUUACUGAACCUCUGAAUGAUGAAUCCAGUGAUAACUCAUCUGAAAAUGAUUUUGUGUUGUUUGCUAAGAAAUUCAGGAAAAUGGUGAAGCUAAAGAAACGAAAUAAAGGAGGCAGCUCAAGGAAGCCAAAGAGGGAUCUCAGCAAAGUGAUCUGUUACAACUGUAAAGAAGCUAGGCACUUCAAGUCUGGUUGUCCAAAACUGAAAAAGGAGGACAAGCCGAAAAGAGGAAAGAAGAAAGGUCUCAUGACAUCUUGGAAAGACUUGGAAAAUGACACUGAUGAAGAUGAAGAAUCAAAAACCAAAUCUCAAACUUGUUUCAUGGCCGAUCACAUAGAGCAGGUAGUAUUUCAUGAUCCUUCCACUGAAAACCUUCAUCUUAUGAUUGAUCAUCUUUCUAAAAAGAUUAAAUGUUUCUUAAAUGAAAACCAAGAUCUUGAGUCUCAAAUAGAAAUACUAAAAGUUGAAAAUGGUUUUCUUAAAGAUAAAUUAAGGGAAGCCGAAACUACUGUUGAUCUUGUUGAAGAAAACAAGCGGUUAAAAGCUGAACUUAAGAGCUGUGAAUAUCAUCAUUCUAUGACUGCAAAUCUAAAUUAUUUUGAGAAAAAUGAGUGGCUGCAUAAAGAGGUAAAAAGUCUUAAAGAGGACCUAGCCAGCUUUGCUCAAAGUUCUGAAAAUUUAAAUCAACUAUUGGCUAGCCAAAAACCUCUUUAUGAUAAAGUUGAUUUGGGUUUUCACAAAUCUGAAAAAUUCAUUGAAAAACCUUCUUUUACCAACAUGGCAUCCUCUUCGGAUGACAUAAGAUUUCAAAACCCAACAAGUUUUAUAAAAACAGCAACUCAAAAAUUUUGUAGAUUAUACAAUCGGAAUGGACAUUUCCCUAUUCAAUGCUUCAUAAGUGAAAAGAUGAUUGGAGAUAAAGUUUACAAGAUUGUUUGUGAUUAUAAUGGCUUGAGAUAA